UCAGACUAACCCCGGAGCCCCCGCAGACCCACCGCUCGCCGGAAAGGGGGCGAGGCAGCGGCGGGGCAGGGAGGGCGGAGUGGGGAAGGGGCGUCGCCCCGGUCGCCCCCGCCCUCUCCGAUGUCAUUGGGCCGACGCGGCGGGGUCCGCGCCACCUUUUCUCCAUCCCACCCCGUCCGCCCCACUGCGCUCGUCCGGGGGCUGGUGUGGCCCGGGCCGUUGACGUCACCUCCAAGUUUGCUCCCCUCCGCGCCCCACGUGUGGCGGCGGCGACGGCCCGGAGGCGGCGGGGGAGCGUCUGCGAACGCAGUGGCGCGGCCGCUGACAGGUCCCGCGCAGCCCGGCUCCGGCACGCCGCUCCCAGGUGGGGACCGAGGGCCGUUUGGAGCAGCCGGGCGCGCGCGAAGAGGGGUGCACGGCCCGCCGCGGGCCUCUGGUUGCCGCUGGGGCGGGGAGAGUCGGUGGGACCUCGUAGCCGGGCGCAGAGGGCGCGCCCCGGCGGCCACGGGCACGAAGGAAGGCACUGUCGCUCGCCGCUGUCCGCAGCGCACGGAGCUCCGCGGCCCGGGAGCCUCGAGUCCCCUCCGCGGGACCGAGCGAGGGAUGCACGAUCGCUGAACGGGGAUCCGCGCCGAGAGGCCGCUCGGGGCCGGGGCUGAGACGCACGCCUCCGCCGCCGCAGCCAGGACCCCCGUUCCGGGCGACUCAGGGAACCGGGGCGCCGAGCGCGACCCCAAGGCUCAGGACUCGGGCGAGUCUAAGACGAUGGUUUCUUAAGCACGGCACCACGACCCCCUCCUGCCCCCUCGACCGGAGGCAGGGAUCCCGCUCACAGGCGCCGGGGGCUCCGUCUCCCCGGCGCAGCUCGCACGGCCGCAGGGACGCACGGGCGAUGCGGGGCCCCCCGCAGGAGGUCGCGGCACCCGGCGGAGUCCCGGCCUAGCAUGGCCCGCGCGCGGCCCGCCGUCGCCUCCGGCUAGGAUGGCCCCUCCGGGCCCGGCCGGCGCUCACCCCACCUCCGCCGAGCCGCUGUCCCGCAGCAUCUUCCGGAAAUUCUUGCUGAUGCUCUGCUCCCUGCUCACGUCCCUGUACGUCUUCUACUGCCUGGCCGCGCGCUGCCAGACCCUGGCGGGCCCGCUGGUACGGCCGUCGGGCGGCGGCGACGAGGCGGGGGCCCCGGGGCGCGGCGCCCUGAUCGGAGGCCCGAGGGAGCUGGCGGUGUGGCCCGCGGCGGCGCACAGGAAGCGCCUCCUCCAGCUGCAGCCGUGGCGGAGACUCCGGCCGCCCGCGCCGCGCCACGACGGCGAGGAGGCGGCCUGGGAAGAGGAGCCCCCCGGCCUGGCCGGAGGUCCCGGCGGCUCCGGGGCCGGGAGCAGCGUGGCCGAGGCCCCGCCGGGGACCCUGGCCCUGCUGCUGGACGAAGGCAGCAAGCAGCUGCCGCAGGCCAUCAUCAUUGGCGUGAAGAAGGGCGGCACGCGGGCUCUGCUGGAGUUCCUGCGCGUGCACCCCGACGUGCGCGCGGUGGGCGCCGAGCCCCACUUCUUCGACCGCAGCUACCACAAGGGCCUCGCCUGGUACCGGGACCUGAUGCCGAGGACCCUGGAGGGGCAGAUCACCAUGGAGAAGACACCCAGUUACUUCGUCACCCGCGAAGCGCCCGCGCGCAUCUCGGCCAUGUCCAAGGACACCAAGCUCAUCGUGGUGGUGCGGGACCCGGUGACCCGAGCCAUCUCGGACUACACGCAGACGCUGUCCAAGCGGCCCGACAUCCCCACCUUCGAGAGCUUGACGUUCAAGAACCGCACGACGGGCCUCAUCGACACGUCGUGGAGCGCCAUCCAGAUCGGCAUCUACGCCAAGCACCUGGAGCACUGGCUGCGCCACUUCCCCAUCAGCCAGAUGCUCUUCGUGAGUGGGGAGCGGCUCAUCAGCGACCCGGCCGGCGAGCUGGGCCGCGUGCAGGACUUCCUGGGCCUCAAGAGGAUCAUCACCGACAAGCACUUCUACUUCAACAAGACCAAGGGCUUCCCCUGCCUGAAGAAGGCCGAGGGCAGCAGCAAGCCGCACUGCCUGGGCAAGACCAAGGGCAGGACCCACCCCGAGAUCGACCGCGAGGUGGUGCGCAGGCUGCGCGAGUUCUAUCGGCCAUUCAACUUGAAGUUCUACCAGAUGACCGGCCAGGACUUCGGCUGGGAUGGAUGACCAUAUAAUUUAAAAAGAAAAAAAAAAUCAGAAUAUAAUAUAUUUUUUUACCAAUCGGGUAGAGAAAAGGCAGUUUAAUAUUUGUGCUGAAAAUGUUUGUUUCAGUUUUUUGUUUUUGUUUUUUUUUGCAAUGAAUGUUAAGAGCGUGUUCUCACCACCUCCCCCAUCUGCCUGUGUCACCGGCCCCGAACAUUUGGAUAAACAAAAAAGGAAAACCUCACUCACCAAAAUACUUGCAAUUUUCGAUUUCUGCUUUAUGUUUUAUAUGCACAAUUAUAAACUCUGAGCAUCGGUGACCAUGAACUUUCAAGAAAGUCCUGGGGGUAAAUCAGUCUCUCUGUUUCUGUCUCUACCUCUCUCCUUCUGUCUCUCUUUUCACAGGUCCCAGAUAAAACGCUCUCUCCUUACAUUUCCUCCCUUUCUUUUUUUUUUCCUGUGCCACUUCUUCAAAACCAUUUCCCAAUUAAUAAUACUGUAGGUUUGCCCACAAUUAUUCACAGUUAACCACAGUGCUUUCAAAUAAAACACCUUCUUCCAUCUUUGUGCGAUGUGGUAGAAGAAGGAGAUUAUGAUCCCCAUUUUAAAGAUAAACUGAGUCUCGGGGAGGUUGGGCAAAAACCCCAUCUUCCACUUACUCCCUUUUUCAUGCCCCUUCUUCCAGAGAGGAUGAGAAGUAAGACAGCUGUACUUUUAGAAACAGUUCGCUAGUUUGGGGAUGAUCGGAGAUAAGACAGAAAGGGUUUCCUAUUUAUUGCCUUCAAAAGUUCCAGGCCAGCCUUGUGACACUCGGUCCUGAGGAGUCAUCAGUGUUCAAGGACACCACUCGGACCUGGGCACGGUAUCGUCUAAGAGCCAAUCGUGGCUCGUUGAAAUGCCCCGAGCUAUGGAACUCUCAGCUUGGUUGAGGUUGGGAGAAAUUACUGGCUUCUUAUCUGGAGAACGAGAUGGACAAUCACACUGGGAACAGGACAAAAAGUAGUAGCAUAACUUCCCUAGUUGUGGUUUUGACUUUUUUUUAAAGAAAAACCCACUUCAGUUAAGAGCUUACAAGUAGGAAUCUCAUUUUUCUUGAGCUCUCUUUUAACAAAGAAAAUCUGCUUCUCUUUUUAAUACCUCAUUUCUAAUCUUGGAGCCAAUACUAAAAAGAUGAAUAAAUGCCAUUAUUUUUCAUGGGUGGAGGACUAUCACUUUGUCACUUUAUUUUCCCUACUUCCUGUUUGUACCAAGAAUAACGGAAUAUUCAUUAAUAUUUGGAAAAUAUUCUAAGAACUACAGAUGUGGGUAAAGCGGAGGUUUUUCUUCUCCCAUCUAGUUCUCUCUUCCCCCAUUUAAAUAGCUCAAAUAAAUCAAUAGUUUACUAAGAGUAUUCCUUUCCUCUCUGAGUGGGCAUUAACAAGAUUAGCAUUAAUGGGAAUUAAAUUGGCUUAGAAGCACAUAUGCACGAAAUAUAUGAAACAUUUAUAAUUAGUCUGUCAGCAACAUUUUAUUACAGGUUUAAACCCAAGAGGAAAAUGUCUCCAAUCUCCUGGAACUUUUCCAUAUCUGCCAAAAUUUUAAAGGAGCAGAUGCUAUGGUAUUCUUAAAUAAGUAUUCUUUAUUUCUCCAGUGUUGUCAGUCCAAAGAAACUAAAGUUGCUGGAAAAUAUGCAGAGUGCAAAUGUGCAUCGACCCUAAAUGCUGCAUCAGGUGAAAUAAGUCUUUCCUGAGAGGCCUAACACAGGAUUAAAAUGCAGGGAAAAAAUUAUUUAAGUUUCUAGAUAUUCCAACAUUUCUCCAAACCUUUGAAUUUCUGUAUGAAUAUCCCGUUUAUGACAGUUAAAAAGAAAAAAAAAUCCCAGGUCUCCUUUGCCCAGUUGAUUUUAAGGUGCCCUUAAUUUUCCAGCACAACACCCUGUUUUUGCUAUACUUAAAUCAUCACUUUUAGAAACAAGAUACUCAUCUUAAACUCUUUGCAUCUUUUCUCUUAACUCAUUUCGUUUGUGCCUCUGAUCCUUUUAUAAGCAUUUGCUUGGCAAUAAGCAGACAUAGCUUGCACAAGGAAAGGAGUGCAUCUAACAAUUGUAUUGGGCGAUCUUCCUCUUUCUGUGUUAAAAAAUAAUAAAAGAACAGAACUGAGU